AUUUGUCAUCUGCUGAUUUUCUAACCGCUAGAUGUCACUUCAGUCGUCAGCUGCGAUAUUGCAAGCUGUCAGUUCAAAAGAUGAAGCCUCAUUCCAAAACAUUAAUUUCUCUUCUUAUAAUCGUUCUCAGUUUUGUUGAGAUUGUCUUUGCCACGUCAGAAUCAUUCAGUGAAGAGUUGUUGAUUAAACCAUUACCAACUGGUCAUGUUUAUUCGUUUUUCCAAUUCACAACAAAGUGGGAUGUCGAUCCCGAAGAGACUAAACUACGUCAUUAUAACUUGUUUCCGAGAUCCGUUGGUGAGAUUAUUCAGAAGCACUCUCUAAGAGAACUUCAUCUCAGCUUAACACAGAGCUUGUGGCGUUCACAAAAAUGGGGAUACCCAGUGAGGUUUGCUGGCCCUGGUGCUGAAGUUUUUGCCACUUUCUAUCCUCAUCUGAGCAAUGAUGAAAUAGACACUGCUUGGAUUGGUUUAGUGAAUUCACUCUCUGGUCUGUUCUGCUCCUCAUUCAAUUUUGUAACUCUGACAAACACAAUACAACCUCUUUGGACCUUUUCACCUGAGGGUCUCAAUUUGGGUGGAACUAAUGCUUCUCAUCAGCGUUAUGCAAAUUUACCCAGAGAAAUUGUUUGCACUGAAAACCUAACGCCAUGGAAAAAGCUUCUACCCUGUGAAAGCCAUAGUGGAUUAGGUGAACUUUUGAAUGCCAAGAACAUGUAUGACAGUAAUUACCAUUCACUGGCUUUAGAUUUGAGGCCCAUUUGCAGGGACAAAAAAUGCCAAGAAACGUCCUUGGAAUUAAAAUUAUCGCUAUCUCUUGUCUCCGAACCAACUGUGUUGCAUGGCAGUACCUACCACGGGAUAAAUGCCGACUGGUCGUUCAAAAGUAUUUAUGGAGCACAUCUAUUCUCGUCCUGCCCGAGAGCGCAAGUCUCAAAAGUUUACAUUGACAUCACUUCUAAUCUUACAAACAGCAUACAUUGGAAACUGAGACCAAACCCGACUUCCAUUUUUAUCAAUCAACGUGGAGGUAGCGCAACUCAUCUUGCAUUGUAUGAUCUGAAUGCAGUGUCGUCGUGGCCCAUUAAUGUUCAAGCUUCGUAUACCAAAAAAUUGACUUACGGAAAUGUCCCACCACCUCUGAUCCAUGCAACACGUUUUGUAGGAGGUCAUGGACAGGCCAAAGGAAAACUAGUGACUCGGAUACAUAACAACUAUUUCAGCAGUGACAUAGACAUAGUCUUUUUGGAGCUGGUGCCCUGGUAUUGCCGCGUAUUUCUUCAUACGCUGACUUUUCGUAAUUCGAAAAACAAACCAGUCGGAAUAGACAUACCACAAAAACUUUAUUUUCGACCUGGGCUGGAUCGUCAAAAACCUCACCAUCUCGAAUUGCGUCUCACUUUACCUGCCGACUCGGUGACAGAAAUUGAAUGGGAAUUUCAGAAAGGCUUCCUGAAAUGGACCGAGUAUCCACCGGAUGCCCAUCGAGGAUUCGAUCUCGGUCCGGCUGUCAUUUCAGCAUUGUUGCCCGUUGCCCGCAACUGGACCGGAAUACCGAGACAUGUUUCCACCUUCGAUCAAAGCUGGAAUGUCAGCCAAUCCGGUUAUUUCGUACGCAUUCACACGGAAACUUUGGUGGUAGCGAUGGCAACGCCCGAUUUCAGUAUGCCCUACAAUGUAAUCUGCUUAGCCUGUACUGUGGUAGCUUUGGCGUUUGGGCCUCUCUAUAAUUUAACCACCAAAAGAUUGGUAGUCAAAGAAUCGAGUGGUGCUGGAGGAGGUGGUGGAUUCAUCUCCAAACUAAAAUCUCUAUUGGGAAAGAAAACGACCAGUCCAGCAGAAGAAACAGAAGAAAACGAAGAAGACAAGAGAAGCAAGAAAGAUAACUGAGUUAUCAUGUUGUACAGAAAAGAACCGAAGUCAUCAAUUAACUAAACAGCAUCCUGUUUUUAAAUAUAAACGCCUUUUUCAAAGGAGUUCGUUGUGCCAAA